AAAAAGAAAAUGUCGGAUAUCUUUUUACGUCAAAUUUGUCACACCUUUUAACGAUAAUUCUGAAGUCGUCAACCUUUUGCAGCGAUUUGACCGAGUGUCUCCUUCAUUUAGGAAGGAAGAAGAUGGAGAUGGCUGGAGAGAUAAUUCACCUGAACGUCGGUGGGUCCAGAUUUUCCACUUCUCGUCAGACUUUAACAUGGAUCCCCGAUUCUUUUUUCACCAGUAUGCUGAGUGGUCGAAUUUCAACACUGAAAGACGAAACGGAUGCCAUAUUCAUCGACCGAGAUCCACAACUCUUUACUGUUAUCCUCAACUUCCUGAGAACGAAAGAGGUACAUCUGAAGAACGUUGAUCUUCCAGCUCUUCGACAUGAAGCCGAAUUCUAUGGCAUCACUCCACUGGUUCGCCGAUUGAUGCUAUGCGAGGACUUGGAUUGCGCUUCAUGUGGAGAUGUACUGUUCCAUGGGUACCUCCAACCACCACUACCGCCAGUCGCUGAAGGUAUGUCGACAUCCUCAGACAGCAGCUUGGACAACAGUGAACCACCCUGCAGACCAGGAACUGCUUUGAGAGUUUCGGAUGGUGCUUCAGCUUCAUGCCCUGUCCAUUCCAGAAAUUCUUCUCUUGAUGCUCGAGCAUCUCACUCAAGACAGGGUUCAAAUGAUUGGAGGAUAAAAGACCAGAUGAGAAACUCAUCUUCUGAUUUACGCCACUCAAGAAAUUCAUCCCUUGAUCUGACGAAAACCUUCUGUAACAAGGAUACAUCCACACAUACAUCCUUUGUGGAUCCACUCAGAGUUACUAUGGUUCGCGGACAUCAUAACUGGAUAUGCAUAGCCUACCCACACUUUGUCUGUUGCUACAGAAUGAAGGACUCGACUGGAUGGCAUCUCAUCUGGGUCAGCCCCCAUAUGGAGCCCCAAGUUGAAAGAAUAGCCAUCAAUGCGAAAGUGCUGAAUCCGAAUCAAGACAACACACAUAAAAUGGUCACAGCAUCAACAGCAAAUCUCAUCCAUCUUUGGUCUAUCAGUGAUGAAGGGGAAAGUAGAGAAAUAGGUGUGUUUAACCUGAACGUGUCUGUUGACUCACUUUUCUUUAUUGGAAGUCAGUUGGUAGCUCUGAGUCAGACCGGAAAAGUUGGAGUUUGGCAUUCCAUGACUCAGCACUGGCAGAUUCAGGAUGUUGUCCCGAUAAGAAGCUACGAUACUGCUGGCUCCUUCCUCCUCCUGGGCUGUAAUAAUGGCUCCAUCUACUACAUUGACAUGCAGAAGUUCCCUCUGAGAAUGAAAGACAAUGAUCUGCUGGUGACUGAACUGUACAAGGACCCUAAUAAUGAUAUGGUUACAGCUCUCAGUGUCUACCUCACCCCGAAAACAAGCUUAAGUGGAAACUGGAUUGAGAUUGCAUACGGCACCAGCUCGGGGACUGUUCGUGUCAUUGUUCAGCAUCCAGAAACGGUUGGUCAUGGUCCACAACUGUUUCAAACAUUCACAGUGCAUCGCAGUCCUGUUACAAAGGUUAUGCUGUCCGAGAAGCACCUGGUGUCAGCUUGCUCCGAGUAUAAUCACGUCCGAAGCUGGAGUGUGACACGUUUCAGGGGAAUGAUCUCAACUCAGCCUGGAUCAACACCCCUUGCAUCCUUCAAGAUUGUUUCCCUUGAAGACCUUGACCCUCAUAUCAGCUAUUCUGCUGGAAAUGACUUUGGUCCGUUCGGAGAACGGGAUGACCAGCAGGUCUUCAUACAGAAAGUAGUCCCUGAAACUGACCAGCUGUUUGUGCGACUGUCUUCAACUGGACAGCGAGUUUGCGUGAUUAAAUCAGUGGACACCAGCACAGUAAGUGCAUUCUGUGUUCACGAAUGUGAAGGCUCUAAUCGAAUGGGAUCUCGACCUCGACGAUAUCUUUUCACAGGGCACUCAAAUGGAAGCAUUCAGAUGUGGGAUCUGACAACUGCUCUUGAUUUGAUGAACAAAACAGAACAAAUCCCAGUGGUUGGAGGCCCCAACCCAUGUGAGCUGGUUCGCCUCCUAGACCAGUGUGACCUCAGCUCCUCACGCUGUUCCACCCCAUGUCUCAGCCCAUCACCGUCGCUGCUCACCGGCCCCGGCUUCCAGAUGACAGGGAUGAAGCUCCGAGCUUCCAUGGCGGUACAUAGCUCCAUCUCCGGCAGUCACCAGAGCCUCAUCCAGAUAGCAGGCGCGGAGGAGGGUGCAGAGGGGGGAGCCAGGAACACACUACCCAGACCAACACCCCAAGUUACCAAAUUUUAGCUUGGGUCAAAUUAUUGAUCUAAAAUAUAUUGUUUUGUAUAAGUGACAAUAACAACAUUAGCAUGAUUAAACAUGUUGAAGAUUGAGCAUGAACGUCAAGGGGUCCUUGUCAGUAAGAUGUGGAGAGUCCCAAGAUGAUGCAUAUUCAAGUAUGUGACUCAACUUUUGAUAAGGAUUAUGAGCAUCCAGGUGGGGCCGGAUAGUGUCAGAUAGCUUGAAUAUGUUGUGAUACGAAUAGUUUUUUAUAUUGGCAUGUAACUGAAGCAUGUGCAGCUUAUUUCAAGUUGAUUCAACAUAAAUACUCAGUGCAGUAAGUUUUGUGUUACGUCACAGUGUGACAUAUCUCCUCUAAUGUUGAGUAGUAUAGAAUCCGUGAAGAUGCUGGGUAG